UUUCCCGGCUAUUUUUGGUCCCUAAAUCAGUCAUAUGUCUUGCAGUUAAUAGCAAAUUAGUGAUUGAUUGCUAAUUUGAUCCUUGAAAUAAGAAGUUUAAUCUCAUUUGCUACAGCUUACAUAGAUCUAUCAGUUGUAAAAUUGCAACAGAAUAUUUGCAAUUGAUCGCAAAUAGUUUCUUGCAGCACCCCUUAUCUGCUUAUGUAAAUAAUCGAUCGUUCUCCACAGUUCGAAUCAAGCCGAAACCAGAAUGGCUGCCGCAAAACUCUCGUCAAAACUACGGCUUUUCGCCACAAACUAUGGAUCAGCCUCUUGCAAAACCAUCAUGGGAUUGAGGAAUUUCAGGAAGAUUUUUCCAGGUGCUCAGUCGCAUUUCACAAACUCGAGAAAUCACCAAAAAUCUCGGCCUACCACCACGGCACAAUCCACGUAUCCACAGGUGUUUGCCGACAGCAUUGCGCAACCGGAGGAGUUCUGGGCGGAGCAGGCGGAGCGGGUGGUGUGGUUCAAGAAAUGGGAUAAGGUCAUGGAUUUGAGCCAGGCUCCAGCUACAAAUUGGUUUGUAGGUGGUGAGCUUAACAUGUGUUACAAUGCUGUAGAUCGUCACGUUGAUGAGGGGUAUGGCGACCAAGAUGCAAUCAUCCACGACAGUCCAGUCACAGGGACAGUGACAAAGAUCACGUAUAAAGAAUUACAAGAAGAGGUUUCCAAGUUUGCCACUGCGUUGGUCAACUCCGGGGUUAAGUACGGCGACCGAGUCCUCAUCUACAUGCCAAUGAUCCCCCAAGCAGUCAUGGCCAUGCUUGCGUGCGCGAGGAUAGGAGCCAUCCACGUCCUGGUCUUUGGUGGUUUCGCAUCGAAAGAGCUUUCAGUUAGGAUAGACCAUGUCAAGCCCAAGGUUGUAGUGUCUGCUUCAGUUGGUGUUGAGCCAGGGCGUAUCGUUGACUACAAGAACCUCCUUGACAAUGCCAUUGACAUGUGUGAAACCAAACCAAAAGCCUGUAUCAUCUACAACAGACCUAACUUUGAAAGUGCUAACUUUAUCCCUGGCAGAGAUUUCUCAUGGACAGAGUUGGUCUCCUCCGUCAAAGGUCACGACUGCGUACCCGUCAAGGCGACAGACGCCCUCUAUGUUCUACACACGUCAGGAGCAACAGGUACCCCUAAGGCGCCAAUGAGGCCGACAGGGGGCUAUGUGGUGACCCUGUAUUGGACCAUGAAACAUCUCUAUGGCAUGGAACCGGGCGAAGUAUGGUGGGCUGCAUCGGAUCUGGGCUGGAUCGUAGGACAUUCCUAUAUAUGUUACGCUCCGCUCCUGCAUAGGAACCCAACUAUUAUCUAUGAGGGUAAACCAGUCGGUACACCCGAUCCUGGAGCUUUCUUCAGGGUUCUGAACCAGCAUGACGUGGUGUCCAUGUUCACUGCUCCAACGGCUCUUAGAGCCAUCAUCAAGGAAGACCCAGAGGCUGCCCUUGCUAAAAAAUAUUCAAGAGAUAAAUUUAGAAUAUUGUAUGUUGCUGGGGAGAUCUUUGACCGGGAAUCGCUCCAUUGGUGCCGAGAUGUUUUCAAUGUCCCGAUAAUUGAUCACUGGUGGCAGACAGAAACUGGAUGGGCGAUGACGCAUACAGCUGUAGGACUUGGAGAGGAUUUAUACCCAAGACAUGGAGUCACUGGUAAACCUGUGCCUGGAUGGGAUGUGAGAGUUUUAGAUGAGACGGGCCAAGAAGCACCUCGCGGUGAACUAGGAAAUAUUUGCAUCAAAUUGCCACUCCCACCUGCUGCCUUCACAACACUAUGGGGCAGUCAUGAAAGAUAUAUCAAGACCUACUUUGAAAAAUAUCCAGGUUACUACGACACGAUGGACGCUGGUGUCCAUUCUGAAGACGGUUACAUCGCUAUUCAAGCUAGAGUUGAUGAUGUCAUCAGCGUUGCUGGACAUCGUAUCGCUGCAAGUGCUAUUGAAGAGGCUAUGGUUGAACAGGGGGAUAUAGUGGAAUGCUGUACCAUUCCAGUCAAUGAUAAACUCAAAGGACAGGUGCCAGUCGGACUCUGCGUCCUCAAGAAAAACGUCAACAAGCCGGAAAAGCAGAUCGUUGAUGAGGUGAUUGCCAUUGUACGCUCUAACGUCGGACCCGUAGCAUUCUUCAAGAGGGCUGUCAUUGUUAGUAAGCUACCAAGGACUAGAUCUGGAAAGAUUACUCGAGGAGUACUCGCUAAGAUGGUCAAUGGCGAAGAGUUCAACAUCCCCCCAACGAUCGAAGAUGCUACUGCAUACGAAGUAGUGAAGACUGCUUUGGUAGCAGAUGGGAUAAUGAAGGAAUAGACAGCACGAAAGUCAAGGAGUGAGACAGUGUCUUAUCAUUGACAACAAGAAAGUCAAUGAGUGGGACAGUGUCUUAUCGAAGACAGCACAAAAGUCAAAGAGUGGGACAGUGUCUGACCAAACGCUGCAGCUGGUACAUAUUUUCAAAUUUUAAAAUGGCGGAAUUUAUCCUCUUAUGCUUUUUAGUGUCUUGCAGAAUUAUAUUGAUGUACAUACAUUAUAGGCACACGUGUUUGCCAGUUUAGAGUCAUUAAAUAAAAAAUUUGAUAUAAAAAACAUGGUUUAUAGAUUAUGCAUAUACAUGACUCUAUACCGAUUGCUAAAAUUUGAUAAUUCUAUUUUAAUUUUAUUUUUUUAAUCUCUAAGCAAUUUUCUAAAUGGCUUUGAUUCAAGGAGGAAUUUUGCGUAAUAUCAAUGAUUUCUUUUUCCUUUCUUGGUUUUAAUUAUGUUCUGUUAGAUGUUUAUAUUGCCAAGUCAGGGCCAUGUUGCAUAAAAGGUACUAUUAUGGUAACUUUGCCAUCCAAUGGUAACUACCAUGGCAACGCCGAUCAACAGCCAAUCAAAAUCAAGGAUUCCAUGGAAGUUACCAUUGCAUGGCAAAGAUACCAUAAUGGUAACUCUUAUGCAACGGGCCCCUGGACAUUGAAGCCUCACUCUUUGGUGUGAUCACUCCAGAUGACUAAUUUUGUGUGCUAAUAUGUUGCUUGUCUCUGGCUAAGUGGAUUGUAACGUGACAUAAUUGAAGUUAUCGUUGAUAAUCAUUUUAAAGUAUCACAGACUUGUGUUUCUAACGAUAUUCUUCACUUCACUGAAGGCUUACAAUAUUUCUUAAGGAAUGCUUUGUUUAUCUUUGCUCUCUGCUCAUGUUGGCGUUUGCCAGAGGAAUCUGUAUUUUUGGGUUGUCCAUUUGUCUUUCUGAUUCGAUAUCGUUAUAAAUCAUUGAAAAAUAUUAGGUACUAGUUGACCUUUGUCUUUGAGGGUAAUACGUUUUGCAAAAGAAGGUUUACAAGGAUGAGGAAUGCUGUAUGGAUUGUUAUCAUGCACCCCGUCUGCCGUACAUGUACAUUUAGGUGGUUGCCAUGGUAUUUUGUGUCUUUCGGGUAUUUGCCCGUCUUAAUUGAUAUUGCUUGGCUAUAUAAACUACAUGUAACUUCAAAAUUCAACUCAUGUAUGUUCUUGGGAGUGACAAUUGUUUUGUUACAUUUUUGGUUUACGGGGUCAAAGGUUAGAUAUCACUAUAGCCAAGAGUGGUUUUAGGGAUAAACUUUGACCCCUGCCUGUACAUGAGCAAAGAAGGGGUCAUUAAAUCUUAGAGGUCAGGAGGUCAAAAUCCUAAGGUCACUGAGGCCAUAUUAUAAUUGGCUUUGUCUAUGCAAGAAAUGAACUGUUAGACAGAUCAACUUUUAACUGUUCAACAGAUCAUCUUUAAACUGUAAAAGAAAGUGUAAAUAUGGGAGCGGGGAUACUCUGACUUGAUUAUGUGGUAAAAAGGUCAAAGGUCACAGAGCCUGAGACGUCAUUGUUUGCUUGAAAAUGACUUCUUUCAAUAAAUAGAUAACCCUUCUACUGAUCAACUUCAGGUUGACUCAUCAACAUGUACAUGAAUCUACAUGAUAAUGUAGAUUUGAAAAGGUCAGAGGUUACAUGGUUCAUUCUCACAACAACUAAACAUCAGUGUGAACUUUGCUGUCAUCUGAUGCAAAUUAGAGGUCAAAGGUUAUGAAGAGUAUAUCUCGCUGUAAAGAUGAAUCCGGAUUGGACUUGGUUCAUGAAUGAAAUUAUUGGAGAUACCUAAGUAUUAUAAUUUAUGACUAUGAUAUCUGAUAUGAAAUUUUGAAUUCCUUAUUUGGUCAUGCCAGUUCUUAAUAAUUUCAGAGAGCUGUGUUUCUUUUUUUUUUAUUCUCUAGUAUGGUGCUGAUUUGAGAAUUCUUAUGAUAAAUAUAACAAUAUAUAAAUAAAUGUAAUAUGAAUCUAUGUGAAAGUAUAUAAUAUCCUAUAUACAGUGUAUAUAUAUAUUUUUUUAAUUUUUAAUUCAAAAUACAGCACACAGUGAAGGAAAAGUAUUUGGUAGUACAUCCAAGUAUUCAUAUUCUGUCAGUAGAUAUACCUUUGUCAGCUCCACUGACAAAGGUUUUAGUAGUUUUACCUGAUGAAUUAACGACCUCCUUUUCCAUGGAGGAUGUUUUAUAUCUUGUACAACAACCAUUUACAAUUUCUUUAUGAGUGAUAUUUUUCCUUAAUUGAAAUAUGGUGGCACAAAAUUUAACUUUAAAAAAAAUAUUUUUUUUUAAACAAAUGUUUUAUAAUGUACAAUCAUGUGCAGAAAGAAUCUGAAAUGUAAGUGACAGUAAAAUUUUGAAGAAAACAUUCAAUGUUGAGAAAGCUCAAGGAGAGAGAGACAGAAAGAAAAAAGAGUGUGUGUGUGUGUGUGUGUGUGUAGGGGGUAUUCAUUAUAUCUAAGAAAGAUUCAUCACAUCUAAGAAAGCAUACCUGCCUAGUAUUAAUAAUAAUAAUAAUGGUGGCUACUUAUAUAGCGCACAGGUCCACCUUUCGGUGCUCAUGGCGCUUCAAGGAAAAUAAACACAAAACACAACAAUAGAAAACAAAAAAAGAAUAGAAUUUGUAUUGAUGUUAAUAUACGCCCAGAUUUUUAAGCCGGGUUUAACUUUAAUAGACCAUGGUCUAAUUAUUAGGGGAAGCCAAACCUGUCAAAAUUUGUUAACAUUGAAUGCUUCUUAUACCCCUUUCAUAAACCCAUCCUCCAAUUAGCCGCCUAAGAGUAAUGCGGAUAAUUCAAUAAAAAUUGUGUUCACAAACUCCGAAAAUAAUCCGCACUAUUUUUACGAGUGCCCGUCCUGAAAAAGGCGGAUAAUCGUCAUGGCAACCGCACACACCCCCUCCGAUGUGGUUGUAAUGGAAAAGGGUGACCUUGUGACCGCACCAUGGCAAUUAUCCGCAUUACUUUGGAAUGCGUUCAUAAAGUCAAAAUCUGGUCCCGAUGCCGCUAUUAUGCGAAUAAUUGCAGCAUCAAAAUAAUGCGGAUAACUCUGGUCCUCCUCCGAUUUUACGACAAAAUUAUGCUGCUAUUAGCCGCAUAAUUGGUUUUAUGAAAGGGGUAUUAUGUUCACUGCGCCUUUUCCUAAUUCUUUAAUGGUGAAGACAACUAUCUUAUUUUAUCUUUCCAGACAGUUAAGAAUGAUUUGAGAGUCAAAUGAGCUGAUACUAUGAACCUCUACUGUUAUGGAUUUAUGUCACAAUUGGCUAUCCAUAGUUAAACCACAACUUUAAACCACAGCUUAAAUGAAACCCGACUCUAGAAUACGGGUCAUAGAGUAUAUAUGAUGAAAUGAUUUUUCAUGUAGAUGCUUCUAUUAGCACAAAUCCAUGUGUAAUUGGUCACACCUGUCCAGGCCAAACCUGGUUCAACAAAGUUGGACUUGCUUGGCAAAAAACAUGAAUAAAACAAAAGGGAGUAGAUGAAUGAUCAGUUCAAUAAUCCAUAAAAUCUUGUGGAUGACAUUAUUUGUGAAGAUUUUGAAAACUAUGUAGAUGUAUUUAAAUGGCCGUCCAAUCUUGAAAUAAUGUACUUCAUCUAGAAUUGAAAUUACCUUUUAUGUGAUGUGAUUGCAAAUAUACAUAUUCUUAUCUUUUUAAGCUAUUUUACCUGUCAUGGUGUAUGUGGUAUGCUGUCUAGAGAAGGGGUGGUGGAAGGGGCUGGAUAGAUUUUCCAAAUCUACCCUGUUCACAAAAUUUGGACUAAUAUCUACUCAAAAAAUCUGUGCCAGACUCGGUUUUAAUUUCUUUGCACGCUGAAAACAUGGGGGAUAAUGUUGACAAUUCUUGUGCAUCAGGAUUUUUGUGUAUCGAUUCUCUAGAUGUUACCCAUGAAGUUUAGGCAGUUUUUUUUCUUUCCUAUGCUGCAAUUUUGCACAUUCCUGCAAUCUUAACAAUUAUUUUUUGGCUUUUUGAUACAGAGAUUAGGAAGGAAAGUAAGUUUUAUUAAGAUUGUGAAAUUUGUUUGGAGGAAUGUGAAAAAUUUAAGCUUUUGCGUGCAUAGCGUUAAAAUAAUCCCAAAGGUCGAAUAGUAUUAUAAGGCUUGGAUCUUUCCUUUCCUUGAUUCUUUAUCUUCUUGACCCCCCUCCCAUGGCCCUGGGAAGCAGGGGUGUUGGGAUGCUGAGGCACCCCCCAAGAUUUGCCUGGGGUGAUGUGCGUGUUACUCACAAAAGGUAGCACCCCCUUGAAAUUUGGUUAGCUAAAACAGCAUAAAAUAGAAAUUUAACAAAAAUGUCCUUCAUUUUUUAGUGAAAAUCUUUUUUUUGGUCAAAAUUUAAACCAUCACCCCUUAAAAACAAAAUUAUUUACAGUGCCCUGACUCCCCCCCCCCCCUUUAAACAUCAUGCAUACUGCUAUUGUAGUUAUCAACCAUGAAUUCUCUUUUAAGAUGUGAUAAUUUAUUACGAAAUGUUUAUGAAAUGUACGAGAUUGCCAAAUUUUUGAUAUAAUUAUAUUCUAAUGAUUUGUUGUGAAUCCACAAUGUAAACUGUGUCAGUAUUACAGUCCAUUUCAGAUUGUGGAAUACAAUUCAUCUUGUGAUCUAGAUCAUUGAUCAGUUUUUCUAAUUGUGUAUUUGAUUAGAAGCAAUAUAUGUCUGGCUGGUCAACCCCAGCAUGUGUCAAUUGCCAAAAUAAUGUUGAGGGGCUACAUUCUAUUACUGCUGUAAACACUGAGAGAAAAUGAACGAUAUGAACCAUAUUUUGGAGUGGGGGAAUAGUUUAGCUAUGUUUAGUACCCUAUAUCAUCGGAUCUUCAUGCUUUAAUUGUUAAAAGAUUAUAACUUCAUUAACAAAAUGGAUUUGCGUUACAAAGUUUGUUUUACACCACCCGUGAUGAUAAGGAAAAAAAUAACUCAUUUUUCUGAUAUCAACAUGAUGUUAUGAAUCAGCUUUAACAAAAUACAAGAUGAAUUGAAUGAUUUUUUCACUUGGAUUAUUCUUGUGUGUUGUGAGGUUUCUUGUGCAUAUAGGGGCUGUUUGGAACAGUAUGAAAAUUGGAUUGCAAAUAUUUUCAAAUUUUAUAUAUCGCCUGUAGCUAUCGCCAAUCAGCUUCAAAAUUGACAAAUCACUUGUUGCUUGUGCAAUUCCAUUAUAUGUUGUUAAAAAAAUAAUUGACCAACGAUCCAGUUGAUUGUAAUUAUUGGUUUCUUGUGACAGCCACUCUGUCCAAGGCAUGCUUCAAAAGGAUAUAUUAUUAAUUGCAACUAAUAGUUAAUUUUGGUAUUUUACUUACACUUGAAUUACAAUCGCUUCUAAAUAUAUUGUGAAAGCCCCAACGUCUGGGGCACGUUUCAUUAAAAAUAAGGUUGAUUAUUGCAAUUUUGCCAUUAUUAGAAGUAUCAUGGAAAUCGUAAUUUUGAUGUGCUUAUGAGUCCAGUUACCAUGGUUACUAUGGUAAUUAUUGUGACAAAGUUACCUUAAUUGUGCAUCCUUUGUGAAAUAGGCCUCAGAUGUUCGCUCGGUUCAAGAUUGAUCUUUGACCCAUUGGAUCGCACAGUUUGUGGUGCGUAGGCUUGAAGUUAAUAUUUAAUGAACCUUGUAUUGAAUCGACAAUUUUAUCACUGCUUAAUAUGUCUUCCAAUGGCUAUUGAUUUUACAAGACAAAGUAUUCUGCCAAUUAUUGAUACAAAAUUAUUUCUAUAUUUCAUAUACGUGUGAGGGGUUCUGUAGUACUUUUAAAAAAUUGUGUGCCAUAAACUGCCUUCAAUGAGGAGAAGUGA